AAAAUAUCUCUGACCUGUCAGGGCAUGGGAAAGUGAUCUCUGUUUGUAUGUUUUUGUGUAUCGCAGAUCCUGUAGAUUUUGUGGUUGAGAAUGCAGUAUGAUAACAAGGUGAGUUUACCUUUCACAGGCAUCAAUGGUGUGGCUAAUAAAUGUCCUUACCUUACUCAAACUAUGUCCUAAAAAACAGACAUGAGCUGCUACCAUGCUGCUAUUUCAGUUAUGAUAUGUUACUGUUCUGGACAUUUAAACUUAAAGAAUGCCUUUUCCUUCUUAAAACCAAAGAGCACUCAUGAAAAUUUAAAAUUCACACUUUUUAAAAGUCAAUCUUUAGAAUUUUACAGAUUAAUUCAGCAUUGUUUCAGCAAACAUUUUUAACACAAGACUUGGUUGUAAAACAUGAACUACUAUAUUUAACAUAGGACACUGAGAAUGAUUUCACAUGUCACGCUUCCUGUAAGUGGUGCAAGAAUCAGUCUCGAAAUUUCAGCAGCGACAAACUGUCCAACCCCCAAGAUCUUACUUCCUUAGAGAUAGCAACUCUGCCAGACAGCAACAGCAAUAUUCGGCUUUUAAUACACCCUGGAAGGACACAACCAACAGCUUUGAGUGUUCACCUGCGUACAGACACUGCUUCAGAGACACAGUAGCCAUUCUGAGGACAGCAAUGACCACAGAUUUUACAAGCCUCACGUUCAUAUGGCUGCUGCCACUGGCAGCAAGCAAUGCAGUGACAUCAAGCAAUGCAGUGACAUCUAAUCAAAGUGAAGUCUCCAGCUCUGUGGUAACUGUAGAAUCAUUCUUUCACAAUGAGCUGACAACACAUACUCAGGCAUACUCAGAGAAAAUACCUGCCACGAAAGACGCACAACGAAGAAGUCAAACAAUGCCCUCGAAUACGAUCCUACCUAAUACUAAGACAGCACCAGCUCCUACCAGUUCUGCAUCGCCUCACUUAAACAGUACUUCCAUGGAAUCCUUAACAGAAAUACAAUCUACAGUCAUCAAAUCUUCAAUGACAGAUCUAACUGGCACCCCAGCAACACCUACAAGUGUAACUCCAGUGAUAAUCAACUCAACCCAAAGCCAGAAGACAUUAAGCACACACGUUAGGAGGCACACAAACCCCUAUCCACCUACAUUUUCACCGAAGUCUACAAAACUCAUCUCUACUACUAACACAUUUACCACACCUGAAGAAGACAAGUCUGAAAGCAUGAGUCCAGCUACAGGUGAUGAUGUGAAACAUUCCACAGGCUUAUACAAAACUUCAACAUCCAUCAACAAUAUCAGAAAAAGGAAAAUACAAGAACCUUCAGAAACAAAGAAAACUAACCAUGGUAAAGUAGUGGCCGGACUAAUCGGUGGAUCCCUGUUAGUGAUGAUGGUAGGAUUCCUGAUCAUCUUUAUUAAGAAACGGAAGCUUCAGAAGCAGCAGGUAUCAACUACAGACUGGGCGGGUCCUUCGCCAUUUCUAGAGGGUGGAGCUAACAAUGGCCAGGUAACAAUGAGGCCACCUAACCGAAUUUCUGUAGCCAGCUUUCUACCUGCAAGACUGUCCAAAAGAUUGUCCUUGCUUCCGGAAACAGAUGAGGAGUUAGAAGACAUGACUCAAGUUACUACAUUUGGAGAUAAAAACCAGGGGACCACAUUUGGCCAAACAGUUGAUGGAAAUGAUGGACCAGAAAGCAAUGGGACUAAUGCAGUUUUUCCUGAAAUGAAAACCACAGUAGACAUCGGACCAGAAAGCAAUGGGACUAAUGCAGUUUUUCCUGAAAUGAAAACCACAGUAGACAUCGCAGAGACUGCUGAAAACUGUGUUUCGGCUGUCUCUUUGCAAACUAACAACCCUGUGUCCACAAAUAAUUCAAGCCUCCGUCAAGACCUUUCUGCAAAUCAGUCAAAUCAAUCUGAAGUCAUGGAAAAUAUGUCUGAACAAAUGAACAAUGCCCUUAUGGAACCUUAAGCGAACUUGAUCUCUAAACAAAUCCAGCAGAUGUAGGGUACCAGUUAUAACACCCUUCAUUGGUUUCCUGGUAGCAGCAAAGGUAACUACAAAAACAGGAAACCAUGUUGUUAGUGCAUUCGGAAAUAAUUGAGAUUGUGUGAUGUUAACCAUGAUUUCUACAGCAAAACCUGAAGAACAACAUAGUAAGGUUGAUUAAUUGUAGUUUUCUGUGUUAGUAAGAGUAGGAAUAUGCAAAAUAAUAAUCAUACGCUACAUGUAGGGGCAUUUUCUUGCUGCUAACAGAUAAUAACAUUGCACAGCAAGCAGUUUUAUUUACACUGUGUCAUGUAACAGUGUAAAUAAAUACCAUACCAUGAUGUGAACAGGAAGCUUCCUUUUUAACAUUCAUGUGAAUAAGAUCUGUCUCAUUUCAAAUAUCAUUCAGUUCGCUUGGCCACAUCAAAAGCAAGCUCUGGUACAUACAUGCCUAUCUUAAUAAUAUUCGUUUUGCACAAUAUGGCAUAUGCAAUAGAAAAGUAAGAAAACUAAAUAUCCCCCAAUAAAAUUUCCUGUACUUACAAUUGCAUGUAAGAAUCUGGAGGUGCGCUAUGGCUUUAGUUUCGUUUAAAUGACAUUCAGAACCUUUCUGCAAACGUUACUUUUUAUCUUUAAUUCCAAAAACAAUUAAGCUUAUGUAAACCUCAGAAGCACGUUUCUCAGGCAGCCUUUUAUAAUUUAGUUCAACAUUAGUAACAGUGGAGCUUGUACAACUAAUAUAAUGCAAAUAAAUUGUUUUAGCUCUCUGCUCAAUUUGCAGAGAAUUAAAUUAUUUCAAAAGAAAUAAUUUAAAAAAUUUUCAAUAACCUUUUUAAAUUUCUUAAAUAAUUAAAAUAAUUGUUCCAUUGUUCACAAUUGGGUUGUUUCUUUACAAUCACAUUUGGGAAAGACAAACAAAAACCCCUCAUUACUCUAAUUUUCCAUUUCUGUUUCUCACUUACAUAGCGUGGCGUUUUUAGUCAGCAAUGGACCUAGUUGCGCAACCACAUUUAGUUUAAUAUGGCAAUACUGAUCAUCAUUUAAGUUGAUUAGAAUGCUAGGUAUUAAAAAAUAUUAAGAGAAAACUAUUUUAUGUUUAACAAUUAUCCAUUUGAUAAUUAUCCAGUACUUUUUGAGUUAAUAAAUUAAAUUGCAUAAAACCACAAAGCUUUCAAAGACUAAUCAUUGAUCGUUGUCUUUACAAGUUUUACUUCUCUGGCGUGGUAGUAUAAGUAUAGGUGCCACCAUCAUAAAACAGAAACUCAGACGGGACCUGAAGUAUCUGUGUGAUGGCCAUAAUAAGAGCUGUACCAAUUCUCCAAAUAAUAAGGGAAGGAGGGUAAAUUCUUCCUUUAUUGGUUCCUUUAGCAUAGUGUACACUGGACCAUCCUUUAAGAAAAGGGAGGAGAAAACACCACUCCAUAAUUCACUGAGAUGGCCCAUCUGACCAUUCAUGACAAAACACAAUAUAAUUUAAAAAAAAGUUGCUCAGCUCUGGUAAAUGUUAUCUGUGAGUGCCUUUCCCCAUUUUCAUUGAAUAUCCUCCUGAUAUAGUUUUUAACAACAGUUCAUUAAAUUCACAGCUGAAAGAAGAACCUCACACUGCUGCAAUAAAAACUACUUCUGAUUGAACUGUAGCCUUGCACGAAGAACACAGAAUGCUAUAUAAGCUCAAGAUCUAUAUUAAUUAAUAAUAGUACUUAAGGUUCUGUGCAACUGGUGCUAAUCAGUAAAGUCCUUUGUUAUAUUGCAGUCUUUAGUAUAAUUUUAUUCCAGAAUAGUCUGCUGGAAUAAGUGAUAGAUAGCACUGCCUUAACAGGCAUGAUAAAAUUAGUUACCUAGUAUCACAACAGUAAAAUAUAACAAAUAAGAUGAAUUUAAUUUUAGAUGCUAUGGGACAGAUUUACUAAGUGAGACAAAUUACUGUGAUGUCGCAAUUGCUGGGGGAUCUAUUAAGAAUGUGCUUUAUUUUUAUAAAAAGAUGCAGUUAACUGCAGUAAAAACCAGCCUUGUGCCAAGAGCAAAUUAGUGGCUCAAAAUUCCAGUUUAAGCUCAGGUUUCACACAAGUGUUGCUCUCUGAAAACAGCGUGGCAAUUCGGAUAAAUGUGAGGAAGCUGAAAGAGAAUCAAUAUCCUUUUGAUUUAAGAAAAUAAGUCUUUCUAUGCAAGUGCUUUCUAUCUAACAUUCACACGCAAUCAUACUCCAAACUGAUGCAUCGGAGAGCAACGGGGGUGUUAGUAUCUUGUGAAAGGAUAUUUGGCAUGCGAACUGUAGGGAUGGAACCCCUAACCUUCAGAUUAGCAGAUGACCUGCCUUAUUACCUGAGCUAAGAUGUACAGAGAACACAAAACAUUAUUUACCAUCAGAUUAUGAGUCAUCUUGUGUUACUGUGUCAUGUGCAUGAAUGCAUGCAUUGCAGUUUUAAUAGCACAUUGCAACAUUCAGGCAUAAACCUAACACACUAACACCUAUUUCUUACACAUUCAGCAGAGAAAAGUUGCUUGGUGUGUGCGCAAAGUUCAUUUCUGCUUUUUCAUGAAAACAGUGUAACCGAAAAGCAAUAGGUGGGGCUCACAGUCUGAUGGAAGGACCAGUGGAAACUCUGCAUGCAGAUUAUCUUGCCAUAUUUAAUCUGCAUGUUUAGUAGCCUUGGAAUUUGAAAACUGAUGAUAAUUCUAGUCAUGAUGCUUUUACUAGCCUGUAAAUGUGUAGUGGCUUAAUUUUAAUCAGCAAAGUCCACAGGUCUACACAAUUUUUAAAAACAGGGAUUUGCUUUGCUUUUGCUUUGAAAAGAAAAUGCAAACCAUGAUGCAAAGUGGUUUAUGUAUACUCAUCAUAGAUAUGAAUGUAAAGGUAAUUUGGAGCUUUUAAUGUUUCCUUUGAACUGUUCUUUCUAGUGUGAUAAGAUUGUACAGAACACAGCUUUAAGAACUUUAUAAAAAAAACAUUAUGUGUGCAGGGUUUGAUUUAUUUAGAAUUUUCUAAAACACAGGAUCAUAAAACAAACACUUUUGUUUGCUAGUUGUGGUAUUUCAUGUGUCGUAUACUAAAUCAAGUGUGCUGAGUCCAAAUCUGUAGUCGGAUUUCGUCUAGGAUGUCAGGUUCUGAAGUUAUACACAGUAUCAAUGGCUAUUCAUACAGACAGAAAAGGAAACUGAUUUUAUAGUCGUUAUAUGGGCACUGUACAUAACUAAAUUUUGAUUUAAAACUGUGAGAGAUUACAAAAACUUGUACACUUUACCAAACGUGUAAAUAGAUAGUUCACUUGAGUGUUUAUGGAAUGUACAUACACUGUUAAAAAGUGCUGUAGGCACUUGCUUUUGCGCUUGUGAGUCUCUGCUGUUGACCGCUGCAGAAGCCAGCAGUAAUUGCCCAUCAUUAUGGGGUUGAAGUGGCCUUGAUAUCUUUUCUCCAUGCUGGCAAUAUCCUGGUGGAAUUGUUCUCCAUGUUCAUCACUCACACCACCCAAAUUUGGAGUGAAACCCCCCCGCUAUAAAUGCAUUUUGAGUCACAUUCAGCAGCGGAGUUGCUGAUAUGCUGCUAACAUGUUGCUUACAAGUUCAACAUAGUUUUCAGCCUGAUGGUUGCCAAGAAAGUUUUGCACAACUAGCACAGAUGCAUCCCAAGCGGCAAAUUCAUGUUCAGUUUGGAUCUGAAUGUGUCAUCAUGCAUCAUUUAGCGGAUUUCAGGACCAACAAAAAUUUCUACUUUUAGCAUCAGUUUUGGUUUUUCCAAAUGGAAUGGAAGCCAUUUCCAUUACGAUCCAUUGCCAAGACAAAGUUUUUCAUUAGGCCUAGUUUAAUGUGAAGUGGCGGAAAGUACACUUUUAGUGGAUCAACUAGUAAUGCAUGUAGCACAUUGUAUCGGCCAACAGUUUUUUUUUCUCUUUCCGACAACAUAGUAUUUUUUUCUAUUGCAUAAAAUAUUUUAUUCUAUUGUAUAUAGCAUCUUAUUCUUAAUAUCUUAUCCUAUUCUAUUGUUAUUCUUAAUUUUUGCUACUGUAACUUUGCACUGUCCACUUUCUGCUGUGACACAACAGAUUUUCCACAUGUGGAACUAAUAAAGGUUUAUCUCAUCUAA